CAUUUCGUCCAAAAGCAAGGGGGAAACUGCGAACGAAGCCAGGGUUUCGCGGAAGGGCAGAAAAGGCAACUCCGGGAAAGAGAGCGAUGGGGUUCAAGAUCAAAUUCAAGCAGCUGCUGCAGUCCAGCGCGGGAAGCAGCGCAGAUGGCGGCGGAGCUACACCGCCACCUUCGCCGAGACGGAAACCUCCUCCUUCGCCGCUACGUCCAUCGUUGCCGCCCGAUGACCAGGAUGAAGACUUGGAGGAAGAGCAGUACAAGCCAGAAAACAGUGGAUUUCGUUGCCUGCUCAUGAGUUUUCAACAAAAUAUCCCUCGUUAUAUUGAUCGGCACAAGUGUGAGCCACUCACCAAGAGGGAAUAUUUUUCAUUGCGCCACAAAUGGCGCCAGCUGCUGGCUGGCAAGAGGACAUACCUCCGGCCACCAAAUAACAACCGUGUUCCUGAGUACAAUUAUGACGACUUCCUCUUCCAAAAUCCAGAACCUCUUCUGAGGACACUAGGGCGUCAGGAGCCACUCUUGGUUUUGGUUCGUAAAGCUGCAAAGAACCCUGUCAUCCAGCAAAAGUUCAAGAUACUUAGUAAACAUUACGUGUGCUUCAGACGAACACGCAAAGAUGGCUGCUGUUUCUACAGAGCUUUCCUUUUCUCUUACUUGGAGAACCUUGGACAAAUGCAAAAUAGUCAAGCUGAGGUCACACGCUUAAUGGAAUGUGUGGCAACGUCCAGAGAGAAUUUAUGUCGUCUUAAAUGGGAUAAAUCAUACUUUUUAAAUCCUGAAGCAUUUUUCUCAAGUGUUGUUUCUGAGUUCAGGCAUUUGGUCAACUCAGUUGCAAAUGGCCUAAGCGCUGAUGAGCUGUACAAGAGAAGCCUACAGGAGAUCAUGUCAUUCAGAAUUCUUUCUUUCCUUAGAUUGCUGACAGAGAUUGAGAUCCGCACACAUGAAGAGGAUUACAAGUCAUGGUUCCCUCUACAGAAAAAUGCCCUUUGGUAUUGCAUAAAAGCAGUGCGCCCCACAGACGUCGAAGCCACCGAAUUACAAAUGAGGGCUCUAUCAUAUGCACUUGGCAUCCCAUUGCGCCUUGUAGUUGUGGACUCGUUCUUGAAGGAUGGAGUUGUGCAAGUACAACAUGUUGAUUUCCUCCCUCGAUCAGAAUCAGGAAUAAGCACAACCUCAGGACCUCUCGAUUCAAUUGAAAGUUACUCUCUGUCGAGCACAACUGAUAAACCUCCAGAGCAAGGAAGAAAUAGCAACUCAGUCAUGCAGGUUGGAGUAAGCACAUGUGACAACUUGUCAUCUGAUGGCAUGCCUUUAGUGACCUUACUGUAUAAGAAGGGCCAACGUGACAUUCUUUAUCGCAAGUGAACAACCGAUGCAAGUGUAUGCUAAUCUUCCUUGUAGAUGGUUCUAACAGAAACUGUUUGGGUGGUGCCAUGGAAAUCUAUUGAUAGUCUUCUAUAGUAUUGAGUGAUUCUGCAGCUGGUCCGACACUGCUUCUGGUUACACUUCUUAGCAGAAGACAAAAGUGCAUCAUUUUCUGGGAGAUGCUGAUGUCAGGCAGUUUAGAAAAUAAAUUUGGACUUGGCACCAAAGCUGAGGAACUGUUUCCUUUGUUGAUGGAGACUUAAGGACACUGUUACCAGUGGGCAGACUGGACAGAACUAUUCCUUGCACUGGGAAUAGUGGAAUACAUUCUUUUAAUUGCUUAUUAGUUUAUUUUUCUUAUUGAUGCUGUUCCCAGUUCGGUAUUCAGAUGGAAGCUUCAGAUUUGAUAAGAACGUACAAAGGACUACUUGUUUUCUGAUCUGAGCAAGAUGUGAUUUGGAUCGUCCGUCUUCAAGGAACAAGAAUACUGUAAUUUGCAGCAUGAAGGAACCCUUUUGAGAAUCCCAGUUGCUGCAGGUUCCCCUUUUGUCAGUGCUUGCUAAA